ACCUCAGUGAGGGACCAGCCGAAUCAAAGAAAGAGGAUAAAUCCAUCCUCUCCUCAGAUUUAAGUUUCCUGUCGAGAACAAACUCUUUACGUGGAGGAUGCUCUGUGUACAAACGACAAACAAUUGGACAAUACUUCUUUGAGCAAAACAACAUACCGACAAAAUGCCAAAAGAAAACAGGGAUGAAUAUCAACCUUUGCUUAUUAAAGAUGUCAAAGAUACAAAGUGGACUUGUAAGUUUCCAAACAAAUCACUCCUGCUGGCUGCGUGUGCUGCUUGUAUAGGAGGAACCUUCCAGUAUGGAUAUAACAUCUCUGUCAUCAAUGCACCUACUGUGUAUGUGCAUAAUUUCAUCAACCAAACCUGGAACAAGCGUUACCAAACGGACAUAGCAGAAGACGUUCUCACCCUACUAUGGUCCACUAUUGUAUCUAUAUUUACCUUAGGAGGACUUAUAGGAGUGUCAAUCGGUGGAACAUUGUCUGUGAAGCUGGGGAGGAAAGGGACAUUGUUGACCAAUAAUAUCUUUGCAUUAACGGCUGCACUGCUGAUGGGUCUGAGUUACCCUACAGGAUUAUUUGAAUUACUCAUCAUUGGACGUUUCCUUACUGGAAUGAAUGCAGGAAUUGGCAUUUGUGUUCAACCUCUGUAUUUGGGGGAAAUCGCUCCAACUGCACUUCGUGGCAUCACAGGAAUGGGAACCUCUGUUUUCAUCACUCUUGGGAUCUUGACUGGACAAGUGAUGGGUCUCAAAGAGUUGCUCGGCAGAGAAGAGUACUGGCCUAUUCUGCUCUCCACCACAUGUAUCCCAGCCUUCCUGCAGCUCCUGAUCCUACCUUGCUUCCCAGAGAGCCCACGCUACCUGCUUAUUGACAAAGGAGAUGAUGAGGGAUGUAAAAAAGCCCUGAAGCAACUGCAUGGUAUGGCCAGCUAUGACGGUGAGCGGGAGGACAUUGAGAAGGAGAGAAACAAUUUGGUCGGGUUCAAGGCCAAGAAACCCUGGGAGCUCUUCACUGACCGCAGCGUGCGCUGGCAGCUUCUCACCAUCAUGUUCCUCAAUGCAGCUCAACAGCUGAACGGGAUCAAUGCUAUUUACUUCUAUGCAGAUUAUGUGUUCAGACAAGCUGGUAUUCCCAACGAUAAAAUACCAUAUGUGACUGUUGGCACUGGUGCCUGUGAAUGUCUCACCGCUUUAACCUGUGGUCUGCUCAUUGAAAGUCUGGGAAGGAAAGUGCUCAUCACAGGAGGAUACACGCUGAUGAGCGUCUGCUGCAUUUUAUUCACUCUGACCAUGACUUUUCAGGAUACCAGUCCAGUGAUUCCAUACUUAAGCAUGGCAUGUGUUUUUGCCUUUAUCCUGAGUUUUGGCUUAGGACCAGGUGGCGUGACUAACAUCUUGACCACGGAGUUAUUUACACAAACUUCACGCCCUGCGGCAUACAUGAUCGCAGGAUCAGUGAAUUGGCUUAGCUUCUUCUUCAUCAGCAUGGUCUUCCCUUUUAUUGUGAUCGGGCUGCAUCAAUACUGUUUCCUGGUGUUUUUGGCCGUCUGUUCCAUGGUGGCAACGUACAUAUUCUUUAUUGUUCCUGAAACCAAGAACAAAACCUUCCUGGAAAUCCAGAAUGUGUUUCAGUCCCAAAACAGAAAGGCCUGCGGUGUUGACGGCUCAGGGACAACACUGUUGGCAACCUCUAUGUAACCCUUGACUCAGGAUUUGAGCAAUUUUAAGCUAUUUUUAUGUUUCAAUUACAUCUGUUUUACUCUUUAGUUCACUUACAUACAUACAGUAUAUUGAAAUAACCAUAAUAUGUAAUAUUUUAGA